UGACAGGGAGGGAGAGCCUAUUGAGGUCCAAUGAUUUGCAUAUAUCUUCCUCUUUACACACCUUAACCUGUCAAAUCGCCCCGUUGGCAGGAUCGUCAAAGCAAUUUACCUUAUAUGGCCACGCACGAAGUUGAUUGACAGUAUGCACACGCCCCUCCACUCGCUACUCUCCUCCCCGUUUGUCUUGCGAUGCCUGUAGCCUACUACCAUCCUGCCCGAACAUUUUCCUACGGAAGCGGAGCGCUGGGGAAAAGCCUAGUGGGGAUGAGCAAGGUUACUACCUAGCAAUAGCCUACGGAUACACAUGGAGCCUCCAUCAUCUCUGCAAGUGUGCGUCUCUCACCAAGUCUAAACUCGUUCAUUAGAGUCUCCAGCAAAUAGUGAAACUAUAUAUUUCCUUCUUUCGGAUCUGUUUGUUUCUUUCUAUGCAUUAUAUUUCCUGAUAGGACUGGCAUGAACGUGGAUUUGGACAUUUGAUUAGGCACAGCCGGAUUCCUUUUUUUCGUGGAACAGUCUCCUUUCUGCGCUCCGCACACAGAGCAUCAUCAUGGACGUUUUGGCGAAUCACGGUAUUUUUCAGGAACUCCAACUCGUGCAUGACACCGGCUACUUCUCUGCGAUGCCUUCGCUGGAGGAGAAUUGGCAGCAGACAUGUCUGGAGUUGGAGCGUUAUCUACAGACGGAGCCCAAGAGGCUGUCGGACCUCUUUGACGAGGAGCUUGACUGCCUGCUCACCCCGGCCUACCUGAAGGAGGACAGUGAAGAGGACCUACUAGACCCCCUCCUCCCCAGCCUCCCGGACCCCCCCAGCCCUCCUCUACCGCCCCUGCUCUGCCCCUCUCGGAAGCACCUCUCUGGGGCCUUGAAGUCUGCCAAACUUAGAGACGGGGUGGGGUUAGGGUCUGGAGGGGGAGGGGUACACCCAGCCCAGUUGAGCGCCGUCACCUCCCUGACGCCGCCCUCGUCCCCGGAGCUGGGACGCCACCUGGUCAAGCCCGACCCCCACCAGACUCUGACGGCGUCCGCGGACGGCACGCUCACUCUCAAACUGGUGGCGAGGAAGGUGGGGCUGAGCGCCGCCAGGCUGGCGGCGACAAACGCGCCACCCCUGCCCACAAGGCAUGACACCACAGGCGGGCACAGCGACGGCGAGCAGGGGGGCACGUGUGUGAUGGGCGUGGGGGGUAUCUCUGAGAACAAGAAGAGGGUCCACCGCUGCCAGUUUAACGGCUGCAGGAAGGUCUACACCAAGAGCUCCCAUCUCAAGGCACACCAGAGGACACACACAGGUGAGAAGCCCUACAAGUGCUCAUGGGAGGGCUGUGAGUGGCGGUUCGCCCGGAGCGAUGAGCUGACGAGACACUACCGCAAACACACGGGCGCAAAGCCUUUUAAGUGUGACCACUGUGACAGAUGUUUCUCACGAUCGGAUCACUUGGCACUACACAUGAAAAGGCAUAUCUGAGGAGGUGGAGGGAGAAGAGAGGGAGAGGAGGAGAGCGAGAAGAGGAGAGGUGAAGAUGGAGGUGAACAUCACGCCCGUCUCUGUUGUGUUGAAAAGGGUACUGAGGAGAGAGAGUUCAAUCAAAAGCUUGGUUGCAUCAGAUCAAGGAUCGGAUCAGCCUUGGAAGACAUGGGAGAGCAAGACAAAAGGACAGUGUCUGUGGGGCUGCAUUGGGCACGUAAUCAUGGCGUUUGUGUACAGACAGACAGACAAACAGACAGUCUGGUCUAAUGUUGUUCCCAAAGCAGCUCUGCCUCACCCGAGUCCUGGAAAUCUGAUACUGCCAGAUUGGGAUUCUGCCUGGAGACAGUAACACAAUACCGACUGACACUUGUGUCGUAUAAAGAGUAAAAGAAAUGUCGUCCCAUUUUCUGUUGCUCUUUCAAAGGUUAUCUUAGAGUUUGGACAACUGCAAAUAACCACAGGACAAGACUACUUUGCAAAGCCAACCCAGUCAAACUCCUCUUGUAAGGAGUCAAAGGUCAACCGGAAGACAUUGACCCAGUCCCUGGUCAGACAACUGAUGAUCACAUUGAACUAUAAUAUUCAUACUCCUAUUUUCCAGAUGCACUCCUCUCUGUCUCCUCUCUGUCUCCUCUCUGUCUCCUCUCUGCCUCCUCACUGUCUCCUCUCUGUCUCCUCUCUGUCUCCUGCCUGUCUCCUCUUUGUUUCCACUCUGUCUCCUGCCUGUCUCCUGCCUGUCUCCUCUCUGCCUCCUCUCUGUCUCCUCUCUGUUUCCUGCCUGUCUCCUCUCUGUUUCCUCUCUGAGUUCCCCUCCACAGCUGCGCAGUGACACUUUUAAAACUUUUGUAAAAAAUGUAAUUUGUAAACCCUUCGGUCUUGAACUGGAAAGUCUUGAAACUCACCAAACGUUGGCUUGGACACAUACUGUUCUAGUGUGGACUGCCAUAUGCACAAGCGAAAGACAAGUAGCAAAACAGCUACCGAAGCACAGACUGCAAAGGAUAUCGUAAAUUAUGUGUACAGGUUUCUUAAUUUAUUUUCUAAAAUCUCUUCCCUUUCCCUAUAUGUUUUGCUGAGAACAAUUCAUUUCGGAGCGCACAGAUCCUGUACAGCACCUCGCCAUCAAAGUACCAAGCCUCUGAACUCUUCAACAUGCUUGAAAUGAUACAUUGGUCUAUGGGAGUACUUGGCCAACCCCCUACAGAACUACAGAAUGCAACUACCAGACAAAAGACAAAACUAGAGCCAGAGUCAAAAGCAUACAGACAGAGACUUUGUCGGCCCCUUGCAUUUCUAACAGAAUUCUGCUCAUGUCUACAGUUCAUUUCAAUAGGCUGAGAUGCUUGUACUCAAGGUGGGAUGUGGGAAAUGUAUUUUAUGUUGAGGGAGGAUUCUUCUUGUUACCGUUCAAGGUUUUUUGGAGGGUGAGUGAGUUAUUGUGAAUGUACUGUUGUCUGUCUGUGCAUGGCAUUAGCACCCAGAAAGGACUUGGUCAGUGGGAUUGUUGUGCAGUCAUAUAGGUGGUACUGGGAAGCACAAGCCAGGCAGUGUGAUUCACUUUCAUCGGUAGUCUUCUCUUCACCAUUAUCAUCACCGUGGUCUUUCCUCACCCUGAACUGUGUAAGAAUUGGCAGGUGCAGAAACGCACACAUCACUUGGCGAGAAGACAGACAAACAUACAUUGCCCCACUGACCAACACGGCCCGAUUCCCAGCCCCGGCAUUAGUUUGCUAGAAAGUGUCCGCCUCCUGUCCUGCUACUCGCAAAUACCAAGGAAUACAAACUCCAGGGUCAUGUUCAGUAGGGAGGAAAUUAAUCCGAGUGAAACAAGCUACCACCUGAACGUACCGCAUGGACGUUUUAAAACCUUUUGCUACAGUGUUCCUGGAUGAACACAACCCAGACCUCCAGGCCCGUCUAGCUUAGCUGUGCACAAACACACGCAGGGAGGUUGAAUGCAUUGCACACGUCAUCUCAAUGAUUUGUAUAAAAGAGACCAAAAGAGGAACCUGGUAAUAAUGUUCUGUGUAUAUCAAACCUUUACCACACUCUCCCUUGAGGCUUACUGUCCAAUAUCCAUGUGUCUGAUUGGUUCCAAUAAACCAGCAUGAAAGACCAAAAAUGCACAGACAACGGUGGUUGAUCAGAAUCAAAACCCGUUUUAUUGUAGGAAACACAGCAAGAAACAAGCAACAUCAAAUGUUUUAGAGUAGUUGGGACUGUGAUUAAUGUUUCCUCCAUUGGCAGCUCGCUGUGCUCAGACCUUUCUGUAUUCCAGGGUGAAACCGUCAAGACAACAACUUAACUAAAUGCUCUUAUGUAGGUUUUCUCUGUAAAUGCUAGCCACCAGUUGAUUACUGAGAUGUUGAUUGUGAUAUCAUCUUUUUUUUUAUCGUACAACAAGAUUCACUGUGUACUUGAACAGAGUUCCCUUUUGGGGCGGUUUAUACAAAGCGGAGUCAAAAUUAAGCUUCAUUCUGGCCUGCCGAGUGGCGCUGCAGUCUAAGGCCCUGCAUCGCAGUGCUAGAGGCGUUACUACAGACCCGGGUUCAUUCCCGGGUUGUGCCACAUCCGGCCGUGGCCAGGUGUCCCAUAGGACGGCGCACAAUUGGCUCAGCAUCGUCCGGGUUAGGGGAGGGUUUGGCCGGGGGGGCUUUACCUCAUCGCUCUCUAGCGACUCCUUGUGACGGGCCGGGUGCCUGCAGGCUGACCCAGGUCACCCCGCACAUUGGUGCGGCUGGCUUCCGGGUUCAGCUGGCGGGUGUUAAGGAGCGCUGUUAGGCGGGUCAUGUUUCAGAGGAUGCCUGACUCCACCUUUGCCUCCCAAGCCUGUUGGGAAGAUGCAGUGAUGAGACAAGAUCAAAAUUGUAGAGAAAAAGGGAGGUAAAAUGUACAAAAUAAUUCAUCACCUCAUCUCUUCAGUCGGUAUAAUUCAGCACUACAAUUUGUUACAACAUUUCAAAGUGACAGAAAGACAGGCAUUUUGAUUGUUUUACAGUUGUGGAUAGUUAUACACUGCAUCUUGAUGUACUGUAUGACAUGUGUUUGCUGUGCACUCUGUCAUCAUCUUCAAGCCCACUACCAUGUCAGCUGUCUGACCACCACAUGAACUUUGGAUGUUACGUCCCAAAUUCGGCUCCCUGAAACAUCAUGAUGCACACACCAGUGUUGAUGUAUUUCCUGUUUCCAGUUUCCUGUCAGAGACGCAUCAUGUUUCCUGUUUGUGAUCAGAGACACAUCAUGUUUCCUGUUUGUGAUCAGAGACACAUCAUGUUUCCUGUUUGUGAUCAGAGACACAUCAUGUUUCCUGUUUGUGAUCAGAGACACAUCAUGUUUCCUGUUUGUGAUCAGAGACACAUCAUGUUUCCUGUUUGUGAUCAGAGACACAUCAUGUUUCCUGUUUGUGAUCAGAGACACAUCAUGUUUCCUGUUUGUGAUCAGAGACACAUCAUGUUUCCUGUUUGUGAUCAGAGACACAUCAUGUUUCCUGUUUGUGAUCAGAGACACAUCAUGUUUCCUGUUUGUGAUCAGAGACACAUCAUGUUUCCUGUUUGUGAUCAGAGACACAUCAGUAAGUUAGUAAAAACAUUCACAAAGAACUACUGAAACAGACAAACACUUCACAUUUACUUUAUGUCUGCAGUCUACACCUCAUGUUUACUUGUCUUUGUGCAUCAGAGCUUGGUUAUACAACAAUGGCUUUCACUGCUUUGUGUGUGACUAAAUCACUGCUUUGUGUGGGAGUAAAUCACUGCUUUGUGUGGGACUAAAUCACUGCUUUGUGUGAGAGUAAAUGAAGAUGUAUUGUACACCAUCCUUAGUGAAACAGCACCUCAAAAAACAUUCCCUUUUUCUACCAGCGCCCCCCUCCCAUAUUCCUAACUGUACUCUCUCUCUCUUUCUCUCUCCUUUUUUUUGCUGUACAAAGUGUUUUCAAAAUUAUUAUUUUAUGAUGUUAGUAUGACGACGUUCUUUAUUAUGGAAAAAGGAAAGAUUUAUUUUUGUUACUGGUUUGUUUCAUAAUUCUUUUUUAAAUUGGUAUUGUAAUAUCUCUAUGCAAGAACUGUUGAGUGAAUCAUUUGUAUUUAAGAAUGUAAUAUGUGUAAUAAAUAGUAGAAUCACACUG